AUGUAUGGCCGCCUUAAAGGAUCGAAAACUUUUUUAGUGAUCAAGGCAAUCCAUUUAGGGAUUACGCUUUCGUCACCACCGAAAGCAAUAAACAGGGCGUACGUUUCUUUUCCCGUCCCGGCUCUCGCGCAAGUGCAUGUGCUGACACAGAAACUUUCACAUUUGGGCGGAUUAUCCGCAAAUCUGGACGUCAAAAACAAUCACUUUUUUCUCAUUCAAUUACUCCGAAAGAACAAGACACUCAAACCAAUCUAUUGUCAAUU